AUGAGUGAAUCUUCAUGUACUUUUGACGCAUGCUGUGAUAGAGGUUAUCUGAGUUAAGGAAAAUGUAUUUGUGAUUAUGGAUUCUUUGGUGAUUAUUGUGAGUCAAAAAUAUCUGAAAUUUUCACUCCCUAAUACUAUAUUUUCAUCGGCUUAUUUUGUAUAGUGUUUUUAUACACAUUAAUAAAUGCAAGUUAUUAACUUUAUCAUAAAAUAUUUGAUAAAAAUCUUACUAUUGAAGAGAAGUAAAAGAAAAAUUGAAAUAGAUCUUAGAAAUCAAUUAAGCUAUUAGUUGCAACACCGGUAAACAUAAUUUUAACAUUAUCUUGCUUGCUCAGCUUAGUAAAGUUACUUUGGUUAAUAUUAGAUCCACUUUAAGUUUAUGUAAAUUUUUAUGAUAUAAAAGUAAGGUAGAACUAUUGUAUUUGAACAUGUUUUAAAUGAUAUUUCUUAUACAAUUUUAUUGUAUAUAUAUGGAUAUAUACUAAUUACUUGGUAUACUAUGUAUGCUGAAAUAAGUUAUUAUUUAUCAAAUCAAGUAAAUAAAUAAUUAAUUUUUAGAAUAACAAUGAAAAUAAUUAGAAAAAUGAAAGCAAUCCAUUAAUUUAUAAACAUUAUAAAAAAGUAGUGAAGCUAAGAUUAUUUUUAGUUUUACUUAUUUAGAUUGCAGUAAGUAUAUUUACAGGUAGAAAUUGAAUUCAAUAUUUAUAGGAUUAAGACUGGAGAUUGAUUAUCCUCAUUUUGCUAUGAUAUGUUAUUCUUUUCUCCUCAUUAAUUUUUUUAUAUUCAUUUUUGAAUUUGCUCUAUAUGGGAUAAAACUACAAAAUUGUAUACGUUAGUAAUUUAAGUAAUUUUAACAAGAAAAAAAAAAGAAAAUAAAGAAUUUGAUCACCAUGAAAGAAGAAUUAUAACAAUAAUUAGAACAAAUAGAAGCAGAUGUAUCAUUUUAAUAGAAUAACUAAAUUUAAAAAAUAGAAAUUUCUCCAUCGAUAAAAUCUUCAAGAAGACCCAGCGAAGAUCUACCUUAGGUUAUAGUAUCUGUUCUAAAUAAUCAAAAGGAUAGAUAAAGAAAAAAAAAUGUUACAUUCUGUAAAAAUAGUUCAAGCUUUAUGUAUUAUAGAUAAGGGAGCCAUCAAAAUAUUAAUACAAACAAUGAGAUUAAAGAAGUUAUUGCAGAGUAAGUAGAAAUGAAUGAGGGAGGAACUAAUAUAGUUUAAAAUAUCAAUAAUGAAAGUUGUUGUUUAGAUGAAUCUAUAAAAGAAAUAGAUUGGAUUUGUGAUAAAUAAGAUUAAGAAAUAAUUAAAAAUGCCAUAUAAAGAAAACUUGAAAUUGUAAGGGAUGCAAAAGAAAAAGUUCAUUGCGAUCAAGUUUAAAUAGUUAUACCUCAAAAAUUAAAUAAUUAAAAGCAAAUAGAAAUAAGCAAUUUAAGUGAUUAAAGUUAAGAUUAAAUUUACACUCAAAUAGGAUAAUAAAUAGAUGCUUUUGAAUAAUAGAAAGAUUUAGAAGAUCAAUAAUUAUAAUAAAAAUCUAGUAGUUUUGAUGCUGACAAAAAUAUACUUAAAAAAAUAAUGCUUUUAGUGUUAUUAGGAAUAAUUUAUGAAAUUAUGUUUGGAAUAAUGAGCAUAAUUGCUCUGAUUAGUGAAGCAAUAUAUUCAACCCCAAUAGGAACUAUUAUUUAUUUAUAUAUUUCCUGUACACUUUAGUUCUUGUCAUUAUUUAACGUACUAAAAUUAUUCAAAGACUUUCGUACUCAAUAAAGUUAAAAUUUUAUAUGGAUUUAAAAAAUUGGAAGCAAAAAGACUGACUUAAAUUAAAAUUAUUCUUUCAUAAUACCAUAAGAAUACAAAUAAGAAGAUGAUAUGUUAAGAAAGUUUGAAAGCAGAAUAAAUUUGAUCACUUUAUAUUGA